AUGUCUAAUCGCAUGAAGAAGUUUUCCAUAUCCAUUUUCUCUCCCACCGCCGGCUGCGGUGGCUGUGGUAAGCCAAAACUCUCCGAUAUCGUCGAACCCGACAAGAAGCGCACCGCCGCCUUCUUUAACCCCGACCGCCACCACCCAAAAUCCAGAUUCUCCUCUUCCAGCUCCAGCCGCCAGAAUGGCGGCCUCUCUCUCGACGACGAAGACUGCAGCUCCACCACCAGAUCCACCGGAAUCCAAAGCCCGGUAGCGAUCAGCAUCCCAAACAGCAUCGCAAUCGAAAAGAAUUCCAACAACCCAUACAACGAUUUUCGACAAUCGAUUCUUGAAAUGAUAAUCGAGAAGAGAAUUUACUCUACCAAUGGUCGUCAAGAGCUUCUCAAUUGCUUCCUCCAACUCAAUUCUUCUUAUCACCAUGAAAUCAUCGUCCGAGCUUUCACCGAGGUUUCGAAUGAAUUUACGUCGCAUCGCCUCUGAAUCUCUGAUAAUACUGACUGGAAACAGCCGCCCGCCGGUGAAGGUUGAUGGGUUGAAGAGAUGCCACUUGCAGAAGCCAUGUGAGGGGCAUUGAAUUGGCCACAUGAAGGAUGGAGGAGGGCACAACAUGGCGAGGGUAAAAUGGUCAUUUCGUGUAGAGUUAGGUCAAUGAUUUAAUGCUGGUUU